ACUCAGGUCCAAUUCAGUUCGUACGAACAGCUGAAACUGAACGGACCUCAAGUGGUGACACAGUGCGCGCGCGAUAACACCGGCUUUGUCUCUUGAUAGCGAGUGCAGAAGAAGCGAGAGUACAUGUGAAUUUGCUUGGACAAACAACACCACAAAACCGCCUGAAAUCUUGCCUGCGAACAAACAUGCGGUUAAGUGUGCUGAAGAUCACCUGCCUUGCGCUCUUCGGCGCCCUCCUGAUCACCAGCGCGUCCGCGAAGAUCUUCACGAGAUGCCAAUUGGCCAAGGAACUCGCCCGCCACAAAUUUCCCCGGAGUUUCAUCUCAAAUUGGGUCUGUCUCAUUGAAAAUGAAAGUGGCAGAAGCACAACAAAGGUGACUCAACAUCCCAACCUCACGACCAGCUACGGAUUGUUCCAAAUCAACAGCAAAGAUUGGUGUCGAAAGGGCAGAAAAGCCGGCGAGUGCAACAUGAAGUGCGAGGAUUUCCUCAACGACGACGUCACGGACGACAUCCGCUGCGCUCGCCUCAUGUACGAUCGCCACGGAUUCCUGGGCUGGCCCGGAUGGAAGAACAAGUGCAAGGGUCGCUCCCUCCCCGACGUCUCACGCUGCUGAUCAUGUGUAUAUAUGUUGGUGUAAUUUCACCCCAGUGAGAAAAUCAGAAAUUUGCAUAAUUAAUAAAUUCGGCGCAUGAAGAAUUCCAUCUCGACUGCCCCGAGGCUCAUCUCC